UGUUGCCAAGUUUCAGAUAAUGUACUGGUUGUGAGUUGACAAAACCAGCUGAAGAAAUAUUUCCCGGUUGUUACAGUUUAAGGGCAGACAUGCAAUUUAGUCAAAGAUGUCACCAAAAUUGUUGUUUCUAUUGGUAACAUUUUGCCUUAAGGUAAGAGUUAAAGUUGAUUUCCUUUAACGUGAGCAAUUAUCAUUCAUGUUACUCUCCAGUACAUCAUGUACACAAAAAACUUGCUUAUGUGCUGUGCAAAAGGGGAAUUUGUUUACCAUCACCAUGACAACACUACACCAGUUCCAAUCCAAUUCUUCCACCACGGUACACCUAACGCCUAAGAUUUCAUUUCAUACUAAUCUCAUACUCAUGUCUCUCAUAUUUGAGGGGGCUGUUAUUUGUCUCCUCGGAUCAUUUAUGGUAUAUAAAUAAAUAAAAAGGAAGCCUGUGCAGAUGAUAGGGCUGGAAGAUGUGUGCAUGAGAGAAACAAAUCUCAACGAUAUGCAUUUGGCUCUUGCAUAAGGUUUGCAUGGUUCAUUUCCUCCGGGUUCAAUUUGCAUGGAUUUGUCUACUUUACCUUACCUUACCUUACCUCACCUUACCUUACCUUACUUGCUUAAAUGAUUUCAUACCCAGAGUUUUCCUCAAAGCCACAUUCACACACACCAGAGCGAGAAAUGAAGAGUGCUUACUUUGUCCUCUUUCUGGCUUCUCUGCUAGAAGCAGGAACAUGUCUGUUCGGAAAAAUGUACACCUUUGUGAACAUGAAUGUGUCAUGGGUGGACGCUCAGACAUACUGCAGGAGCAAUUACGUAGAUCUGAUCUCAUUUGAGUCAAAUUAUGAUCUUCUUGACUUCGUCACAAUUAUGGAGAUAAGUCGUAAUGGACAAAGCUGGAUCGGUCUUAGCAAGUCUCCAAACGCGCUUGCGUUUACUCAGUGGUCUGAUGGAAGUCCAGUACAAUUCACAUCUUGGCAAAAUGGUAGGUCAAGUGCCAAUAAUCAAUUGAAAACAAGCAACAUUAAUCAAUGCGUGGCUAUCCUUAGAUCAGGUAACUGGUCUACUUACAGCUGCAAAGAACAUCUGAGUUUCUACUGCUACAGCUGGUAUCCACAGAUCAUCUUGGUGCAGGAGUUGAAGCCUUGGGAAGAGGCACUGAGACACUGCCGAACAAUCUACACUGACCUCAUAAGCUUGCCCACAGAGACAGAUUUUUUUGUGGUAAACAGGAGCUUGAGGAAUCAGGAAACCAUGGUCUGGACAGGUCUGCGAUUUAUAGACAGCUCAUGGUUCUGGGUGAACCAUGAGCCUUUGGGGAGCCUCGUCAACCAGCCAUCAUGCCCUGCCCCGUCUUUUCGUUGUGGGGCCCUAGUACCUGGUACUAUGGUCUUGGAGAACAGAGACUGCAUGGAGAAAAUGAACUUCAUUUGCUACAAAGAAGAUGUGUGAAGAAUCGGGACAAGAAGGAGAAGAAGAGAAGGAGAAAUGUGUGAUGCAUGUCAAUUUAUUAUUAUUAUUAUUAUUAUUAUUAUUAUUAUUAUUAUUUACAUUUUGGCCCUAAAUUGUCAACUGAAUUAAUUUACUGAAAUAUUUUGCCUGUAUUUAUCUCUAUACUGUUAUUAUUUGUUUUAAAGAUUUUUUUUCUUCGGUAGAUGUUUGCUUAUUUUAUUACAUAUAAUUGUUGUGUAUCUGUUAACUGUUAGCUGUUAGAUAAUGUUAUAAGAUAAAUGAUAUAUAAUGUCCAUCUGCUAUCAACUUAGUAUUAGUAAAAAUUCAUAUCCAUAGUAUUAGUAAUAGUUACUUUGCUCUUUAACUAUGGUAAUUAUGAUCAUAAAUAUUUUCUUUCCUUUCUCUCUGUGAA